AUGAUGGACAGCAGUGGCGAGCAGCUGGUGGGAGGGGAGGACGAGGCAGCCUGCACGUCGGCGUCGGACGGUCUGGAAGAGGGGGAGGUGGAGGGCGAGACGCUGCUGAUUGUUGAGUCGGAGGACCAGGGCUCUGUGGACCUGUCACAUGACCAGAGCGGCGACUCCCUGACCAGUGACGUGGGUGAGGACACCGACGGGGGGUGGGUCUGCGAGGACAUGUCCUUCUACUGCGACCGCUGCCACAAGUGGAUCCCCGCAGCUCAGCUCCGUGGCGAGCAGCCGAGCUACCUGAAGGGAGACAACUUCUUCAAAUUCGUCUGCUCCGACUGCUCUGAAGAUGGCAAGGAGAGCUUUGAGAGGAUGAGGCUCACCUGGCAGCAGGUGGUGAUGUUGGCCAUGUACAACCUGUCUCUGGAGGGGACGGGCCGGCAGGGCUAUUUCAGGUGGAAAGAGGACAUCUGCGCUUUCAUUGGUCGACACUGGAACUUCCUGCUGGGCUCGAGGAAGAAGACGUCCACCUGGUGGAGCACGGUAGCGGGCUGCCUGUCGGUCGGAAGCCCCGCCUUCUUCCGCUCCGGAGCGCAGGAGUUCGGUGAGCCUGGCUGGUGGAAGCUGGUCCACAACCGACCUCCGACCCUGCGACCAGAAGUGGACAAAUCCGUGACAAAGACUAAAGCGUCCAAACCCGUGCUGGACCCGAUUAUCACUGUGGAGGGUCUGCGCAAACGCGGAGCUCGGAACCCCGUGGAGAACGCCAUGCAGCUGAAGGAGAAACGCUCGCGCACUCAGGAGGCCAAAGAAAUCCGGCGGGCCCAGAAGGAGGCGGCGGGCGGAUACACGGACCGUAGCGCCGCCUCCACGCCAGUCAAACUGGGUGGAGGCCGUGGUGCAGGUGGUGGGCGGCGCCCAGAUCUGGUCCUGGAGAAGGGCGAGGUCAUUGACUUCUCUUCGCUCAGCUCCUCAGACAGAACGCCACUCACCAGCCCGACGCCAUCGCCUUCACCUGACUUUUCUGCCCCGGGAACGCCAGCCUCUCAUUCGGCGACGCCCAGCCUGCUGUCGGAGGCAGACCUUAUCCCUGACGCCAUGCCGCCACAGGCGUUGUUCCACGAUGAUGAGGAGAUGGAGGCGGAGGGGAUGAUCGACCCGGGAACAGAGUACAUCCCGCCUGCCAGUGCCAACCUGGGCACCCGCAAGAAGCUCCGCCCACCACCGCCUCACGUCAAGCGUGAAGCAGAGAGCGAGGAAGACGAAGGCCGUGACCACGACUUUGAAGAACCCGUAGGACAAAGUGAAGACACCCCGCUGUCCGCAGGCGGCGGUGGCGGGGGACCUGAGCGCAGAAGGACGACUCAUCCGGAGAACGCUGCCGGCAACGCCCAGAGCCCUCGCUACGCCGCUCUCAGUCUGUACGAGGAGAGGAUGCUGCUGCGAAGGCUGGACGCUUGCCCGCUCGCGUUGGCCGUCACGCCGCAGGCUAAACGCCUCCACAGGAAGUUGCUGGUUCGCCAGAUAAAACGACAGAGGAGGCACCCCCUGCUGGACAUUGACAGAGUGGUCAGCGCCACCCUCAGCCUGGUGGGAGGGAUCUAUGGCGCCCAGGAGGCGGGAGCACAAAUCGGCGGCGGUGUGAAAGGGAAGUACUGUACCAGCAGCCAGGAGCUGCGGAUUCUCGAUCGCUUCCAGACCGGCGUCUCCGGCAGGCGAGGCGUCCAGCAGCCGUCCGUGUCCUUCUGGCAUCGUCUGAUGGGAGCCGAAGGAAGCCUGGAGCAGACCAUCAGGAGCCCGUACACCUCCCGCCUCCUCAAACCCUACAUCAGGCGGGACUACGAGAGCCGUCCGCCGAAGCUCCGGCUGCUGGCCGAGAUCCGAGCGUACCCGCACAGGAAGGAGCCGGGCUGGGCACCUGAACCCGACGCUCCCAUCGACUACUGCUACGUCCGUCCAAACCACAUCCCCUCCGUCAACGCCAUGUGUCACGACAGCUUCUGGCCAGGUGUGGAUCUAUCCGAGUGCCUGCAGUACCCUGACUUCAGCGUGGUCGUCCUUUACAAGAAGGUGGUGGUGGGCUUCGGCUUCAUGGUGCCGGACGUGAAGUACAACGAGGCCUACAUCUCCUUCCUGCUCGUCCACCCCGAGUGGAGGCGGGCCGGCAUCGGGACCUUCAUGAUUUACCACCUGAUCCAGACGUGUAUGGGGAAGGACGUGACGCUGCACGUGUCGGCCAGCAACCCCGCCAUGCUGCUGUACCAGAAGUUCGGUUUCAAGGCCGAGGAGUACAUCCUGGACUUUUAUGAUAAAUAUUACCCCGUGGACAGCGCAGAGUGCCGCCACGCCUUCUUUCUGCGACUGCGGCGCUGAGCCCCGUCCCCAGCUGACCUGCACCUGAGGCAGGUGUGCAGCUGUCAGUGCUGUGAGGAACAUCUGGGACUGUGUGUGCGCUGCUGUUUGUGUUUCUGAGGUAUUAAAACCAACGUGCUGAAGCUCCGCCUGCUCUCUCGCCUGCUUUACACUCGAUCGCCCUCCAUCCUAACCACUCGCUGCAGUCUGCCAUCAGCACGCUGCUGGGAGCGAGCAGGACAGGCAGGAACUGUUACUCUGCAAAUUCCAAAUCCAGGUGCGCUCUCACGCCACACGGUGUGCACGCAGACGUUAACAGCGCUUCAGUUAGAGCGCCAAGUUUCAUGUGUUACUGUCAUGUACAGAUAAACAGAGCAGCCACAUCUACCCAUAAUGAAAUUCUUUGGCUCGUGCUCCUCAGCUUUACAUGAGCAUAUGGAGAGUGUGCAGAAAAUAGCAGAAACAAUAAUGAAAAAGAGAAAAGGAUUCAAUAUUUAGAGAAUUGAUGACAAGUUGGUUUUUACAGGCUGUGCAAAACUUGUGCAAUGAGCAUGUAAGUGGCAUUAGUUGAAGUGACAGUCCUGUAAUCGUAGUGAGUGUGUAAUGGUGUGUAUACGGUCAGCAGUUCAAAAGCCUGAUUGCUUGUGGGUAAAAACUGUCUUUGCAUCUGGUAGUGCGGGUCUGGAUGCUCCUGCUGGACGUGUGAAAAGUCUGUGGCCGGGAUCUGCUGCGUCUUCCUCAUGCAGCGCUGUCUGCACAGAUCCUGCAGGGCUGCCAGUUCAGUCCUGGUGAUGCGCAGUGCUGAUCUCACCGCCCCCUGCAGAGCUUUGUGGUGCAGAGCAUUACAGCUGCCGUACCAGGCGGUGAUGCAGCCAGUCAGAAUACUUUUAAUGGUGCAUCGAUAGGUUCUUAGUAUUCUGGGGUUCAUGCUGAACCUUCUCAGGUGCCGCAGGAAGAAGAGCCGCUGUCUUGCUGCUCUUGUGAUGACACCAACAUGGUGUGACCAGCUCAGAUCCUCGCUGAUGUUGAUGCCCAGGAAUCUGAAUCAGCUGACUCUCUCCACUUCUGCUCCACGAUGUGGAUGGGGGCGUGGCCUCCUCUCCUGUAAUCCACGAUGAGCUCCUGGUUUUACCAGCAUUUAUACAUGUACACAAACAAAGAAUUACUGAAGCGAAUUCAUGCUCUCAUCGUCCGAUCUGAGCCGGCACACUGGACGUCAGUCGUAAGAUAAUCUAAAUCUAAUUUGGCAUUUUAAUGUAAGAUAAUCAUAACGUGCUUUACUGUAAGUUUACCUUUAAAUCCAUUUUACUUAAAGAGGCUUUUUCUCACUGGAGGAUUACAUACAUAUCACAUUCAUAUUAAUUACGAGGCACUUUGUUUGGCAACCCUCCCCCCCAUGCAGAAAGAUGUGAACACCUCUAUCCUGCACGUGCUCAGUUCAUCGGGGUCAGACAGCCUGGUGUCAGAUGUGAAGGUGACACCUGGUUUAUUUCCAGAACCACCAGCAGGGGGAGCUGCAGGAAACAUUUCUGGACACUUUAACUCUGACACGUGAUUGUGUGCAGGGUAUUUGCCAUUGUGUUUAUGUUGUUGAUGCAGUGUAACUAGUUAAUAAUAACAAAACCCAACAAUCAUAUGACCCCCUAUGAGCAGCACUUUGGUGACAGUGGGAAGGAAAAACUCCCCUUUAACAGGAAGAAACCUCCGGCAGUAGAAACCUCAGUAGUGCACACAGCGGAUGGAGCAGUUUUUAUCAACAGUAGCUAACCUCCACCCGGCUGGCUGUCCGAGCCGAGGCAGUCACAGUCUGGAGGGCUCAGAGAGCCGUCUCGACUCUUCACGUUUAGCCAAGUUUGUGUCACCAGAAGAAACUCCAGAUAUCGAGAGGUGAAGAAGUCAUUCAGUCUUAUCUGUUAGUGACCGGCCAUGAACCAGAGCAGCCUGCUUCACACAGGUCACAGGCCGGAUGAGAUGCACAACCCCUGGGAUGAAGGCUCCGCCCUCCCUCUGCUGAAGCUGACAGGGGGUACGAUCCCCCUGGCGAGGAACCACCUGAGGUCCAGGACCACAAGAACACAGCAAUGCCUCAUUAGACAAGGACUAAACUUUACCAACACACCAGCCCGUUUCACCGUCUGUGGUUGUGGAAUCAUGCUGCCAGUGUCACCUGUGCAGGUGUUCAGUAAAUGUUGUAUGGGUGGUGUUCAUGGUUAGCUUUGUCAGACUGUUAGACAGUAAGCUGUGACUGAAACAUACGUGGAGGAUGAGUGUGGACUGUCCUUGUACCUGAUGAAGGUCAGUCUGAAGCACCGGGUCGUCCCCUGCAGGAGCAGCAGUACACAGAAAGGUCUCAAACCUUAAACCAUUCUGUAAUUUCCAGCUGGGGGCGACUGCCCAGAGGUCUGAUUUUUUUUAAUGUGUAUGUGUUAGUCCCCAUAGGGAAAUAGUUCCUCUGCAUUGAACCCAUUCACCCAGUGAAGCAGCCACCAAUGCAGCGCCCGGG